AUGUCGACUCCUGCCCCCGAGAUCGAGAACCCCAUCGAGAACCCCCGUCAAGAUGACCAGACUACCUUGUUGUCCCGGGCUGCUAGUUACAAUCACCUUCCCAAUCUCGCCGCCUCCGAACCCGGAUCCCCCGGUCUGAGAAGGACCUUCUCAGAUCUAACAUUCCAGAAACAGCCCGAGUCUCCCUCGAAAGAGGAUGUAGCGGCUGGGAAAGAUAUCUUGAGGAGGACAUCCCUCCGCUCCAAGGACAAGUCAACCAUUGCUGUCUCGCGCUUCACCGUCUCCACGGAAGAUCUGGCCGAGGCUGCGCCUCCUUCAGAGCCUCCACAACCUGCAAAGGUGCCCCAGACUAGAGCGCCCUCGCCAGUUGCCCGCCCCUCCAAGGCUCGUUCAAUGUCCGGAAGGUUGGUGAGCUUUGCUCGGAAACCCUGGAUGUCAAGCUCUCCUUACCGUUCCCCCUCCCCCUCCUCUAAAGCAUCCCGUCCCCCCCCUUUACCGGCAGACGACUCAGCCUCGCAAUCCCUGUCCAAGAACCCUAGGAAACUAGACCCCGCUCCAGGAUCGGAUCCUGCUACCCCUUCCCGCAAGCGAACAAUCUUAAACAAACGACCUCGGCGCCCCAUGGUUGCUGUUGUAACGCAGAGUCGCAAUGAAAGCCCGAGUACACCGAGUAGUCCAUCCCCCCAGUCACUUAUCACCAAGAAUUCGUUGGACCGGCUUGCGUCUUCCAUGAAUAUCUCGACUCCAGUCCUUCCCCCAAUGCCCAAGAUCACUGCAACUUCCGGAAAUGUCUCCGGUAAUCCGGACCCUCCACGCAAGAAGGAUGAACUCUGGGGCGUCUUUCGCGGCCUCGAAGCCGACUUUCAAAAAUUCCAAUCAAAGUCCAGUGCUCUGAAAGCAAAUGUCAUUCGCUCGUCGCUCUUACCCUUUCUCAAUCGGACUCAUCCCCACAUCUCUUUCAAAGAAUUGCGACCCGAGGACUUGGAUCGCCGAGUAAAUAUCCUCAACAAGUGGUGGACGGGCCUACUCGAUAUGCUAAAUGGGAAGCACAACCAAUCGGUUUCCGGUACAGAUCGGCCAGUGUACCUGGAAGCAGUGGUUGGUAUCAUGACUCGAUCUGAGUGGAGGAUUCCCUUCCCGAUGCCUCCCUCAAAUGGAAAUCCUCCAAAGCCGCUCAAGCAUACCUCAACGUCUAUUUCGGAAACCUCCGAAGCAUCCUCGGGUUCGGACUUUCUUCUGGAGUCUAUCCAUCAUAAUAUUAGGAACAUCUUUACGCAGAAUCUUUUGUCUCAAAUGGCCUUCGUGGUGGAACGGAUGUCCAUGAGGCAUGCUCCGGCCAGCCUGGUAUCAUUUUGCGGCAAGGCUUGUGCGUAUGCGUUUUUCUUUUGUCCUGGUGUUGCAGAUAUCCUCGUGCGGUUGUGGAACACUCCUCCCAACAUCGUCCGUAGGGUAUAUGCGGAGUGGCACCUGGAGAAAGGUGUCGGCCAACGUUCAGUAGCCCAGGAUCUUGCCUUGAAUUUUCCCAUAGCUCUACGAACUUUGUCGUUUCACGCACCCCCCGCCUUGAUUCGAUAUUUGCGUCAAAAGCCCGAUGUUCCAUUGAAUACCUCCCAGAUCCAAUGGCAGAGCCCUUGGGUCUCGCGGUGGUGUGGAAGGGACACAGAUCUCUUCUACGUUUUUGCUAAAUACGUUCACCUUUUGUACGCUGAUGCUAUUCCUUCGGAUCUGGAGAAGAGUCGACGCAUCUUGGCUCCGGGAUUGCUUCCAAUCCAUGCGCAGAUUCUGGUGGCACUUGAGGAUACCCUUUACAAGCAGUCGCAACCCCAAUUACCAGAUAAUUCACACGCGACCACAGCCAUUACCUUUGACGAUUUCAUCGAGGGUGCAGAUGGGUCAGCCUCAGCCCUUCCGUUGGGGGCUGCGAACAGUCAUCGUUCUAUGGCGGAGAACCGCCUCAUAAUCCUUCUUCGCGACUUCCUUUCUGAGUCCUCCCUCGAACCCAACCAUGCAAGAUUAUUAUACGCUGAAUCUUUCUGCAUGAUCAUGAAAACGGCCGCCCAGAGGACGUCUCUAUUUGACCACAAUGCAUGCUUCCUCCUGUGCGAUUUGGUUGAGGAGGUUAUUCCUAUUAUUUCGCGGUACUCACAUUCUGUGGAAAUGGAUUUGCUUGACUGGAAAUUCUGGCUGGAGGCUUGCGGGCAAAUGAUGCGGAGCCACAAUUCACUCACGGAAGUGCGCGUAUUCUCGUUUCUCUUCUGCAUUUGGGGGACUUGGACGAGUUCAGAGGAGAGGAAGGCAGAUCUUUGCCUGAGAUUUCUUCUCGAUGAGUCAUUAUUUUACCAUUACUUUAGCCACUGGAGCCCCAUGGUUCGUGCCUAUUUCCAUCGCUUGCUUUGUUGGAGGUUAGGGAGAUUUAACGGCGAGCCUUCACCGCUGGAUUCGGUUAUAUACGAGGCUCUAUCUAGUCGAUUGCAGCGUCUUUGGGAAUACUAUCUAGCCGUCCAGAACAAGGCAGAGAAGGGGCUUUCCGCGCCACUUUCUUCUGCGCCCUGCACGCCAGCGCCGGGCCGUCGAAUCAUCAUUAUUCGGUGUGACAACCAAUUGUCUCCCUCCAAUCUUUUCGUGUCCUUUGAUCGUGUUGUUCCCCCAGCUCUCUCAGACAAAACAUCGUUAUCGAGCAGCCAUUCAAAAACAGACGCCUUGCCAGAGCCUCAGAACUCCUCGAAAAAGCGAUGGAACCUCUUAAAGGCCAUGUUCGGUGGCUCGGCCGGUUCGAGAACCAACGGGGAUAUGUCACCCACGAGCAGUUCUGAUGAAUCUGACACCGGUAUACCCGAUGCCACAGUGGCACCCGACAAGGGUCCGGAUGGCCAAUGGCGGCUUCAGAAUACCUCAGGGGAGGUCAAUCGACCCAAGACAGCACAUCAACCCUAUUUUUUUAAAUUCUCCCUGGAGUGGAUGGACCGGCCACAGUGGCCUAGCAAAAAUAAGCGGCUUUAUACUCCCUGUCUUCCUGUCGCUUCCCAACUUCAUCUUCAGUUUCGCAGAUCUCUGCUCAAAACGGAUGACUGCGAGACGCUCUCAGAUGAUGCCUCCGACCUGGAGACAGAGGAGGAUACCCAUGCGGCUGGGUCAGACGCUGGCGAAUCCUCCACUGACACGAAUUCCGACCCUAAGAAUUUAUUGCACCAACAACCAGAUCCGAAUAUUGCUGCAGACGAUAAACUAGUGUCAAGCAAGUACGCGGGUCGUGCUCUUGCAGAAUGGGCGCAGAUCGUUUCGGAGUGCGAUAGCUUUUUUGCACGCAGACGCGAUGAGGGUGUGCCUUGUGACCGCAUGGUCGAGACCCCGACGCUGGGCGUUGAAGGUUUCCGAAAGUAG